AUGGCUAUGAGAGAUGUGCAAAACCAAGUUAAUCAAUUGGCUAAUGAUAUAAAUCUACUCAAAGCACAAGGGUCUGGAAAACUUCCUUCGCAACCAUUAAACCAUAAAGAGAACGUCAAUGCUAUUGAGCUAAGAAGUGGGAAGCAAGUAAAGCAACCGACAACAUCACCGGAUGCUAAUGGGCCUGUUUUAGAGCAACAAGAGGAUGAAACAGCCCCUAACAAGGAUGAUUUGGUUUGCAAAGUCCAAGAAGGAGGCUCUCUACAAAGAGAUUAUGAGAUCUUCAAGAACAUUCAAGUGAACAUACCACUUCUUGAAGAGAUAAGGCAAGUUCCUCGCUACACAAAGUUCUUGAAGGAAUUGUGCACUAACAAGCACAAAUUGGUCGGUAAUGAAGUUAUGUAUGUGAGUGAGAAUGCUUCCGCGUAUUUCCAAAAGAAACUUCCACCAAAGUUAAAGGAUCCCGGUAGUUUCACUAUACCAUGUACAAUUGGUAUAACCAGGUUUGAUCGUGCUUUGCUAGGCUUAGGUGCAACUACUAAUGUUAUGCCUGCCUCAAUAUAUGAAUCAUUAGACCUUGGUCCUCUUAAGGAUACCGGUAUUAUCAUUCAACUUGCUGAUAGGUCCACUACUUACCCGAAAGGGGUUGUGGAAGAUGUUUUGGUGCAGGUUAACGAGCAGAUUUUUCCUGCAGAUUUUUAUGUUCUAGAUAUGAGGGACAAAGAUUCACCCUCGUCUACAUCGUUGCUGUUGGGUAGACCUUUCAUGAGAACUGCUAGAACUAAAAUUGAUGUCUUUAAAGGCACCAUAACUAUGGAAUUUGACGGUAAACCCAUAAGUUUCAACAUCUUUGAGGCUAUGAGAUAUCCGAGUGACGUACAUUCCUGUUUCUCAAUGAAUGUGAUUGAUUCUUUAGCUCAACAAACGUUUGAGUUAGACGGUGAUGAUGCGUUAGAGAAAUCCAUAAUAAAAAGUUUGGAUUUUGGAAAGCAUGAUGACAUGAAAAAUGACAUAGAAAUGUGUGAUGAGCUUAAAGAAGUUAUUUUCUCUCUUGCCACAUUACAAGAACUCUCACCUAGAAAUGAUGUUUCUUAUAUUUCCUUACCUUGUACGAAUGAGAAACUCUUGCCGUCCAUUUUGCAGGCACCUAUCCUUGAAUUGAAACCUCUUCCAGAUCACCUCAAGUAUGUCUAUUUAGGUGACAAGGAAGAGUUACCGGUGAUUAUUGCCAAAAACCUCACCAAGGUGCAAGAAGACAAUCUUGUGUGCUAA